UCACACCACUUGUCUCCUAAGCAACAGAACAUGGAAACUAUACUGAUCAUCUCCUCGUCGCCACUCAGGUUCCAUCCAUUGAGGACAUCACAAAAGAUCGCCACCGGAACCAAGAGAAGACGAACCACCACCGUGUGUGCCGACUACUACAGAGGAGGAAGAACGGUGGACGAGAACAUGGUGGUUCUUAGGAAACGGAUCCAUGAGAUGAAGAUGGUUGAACGCAACUAUGAACCUCCUUCUCAUUGGAUGCAAUGGGAAAAACGUUUAUACUGCGACUACGACGCUACUAUAUGUGACGCUCUCUCUCUUCUCCAAACUUUUCUUAUGAACUCUCGUCCCAGCGUCGCGUUUGGAACGUUGCUUCUUCUGCUCGUCAGCGUUCCCGUCUCCUCUGCCGUUUUAGCGUUUCGCAUCCUUGAUAUAACUCUUUGGCUUUUGGACGCCGCUCACGUAGUAUGAUCCGUAAAUAUCUUUGUUCUUUUAUCUCGAAACUAUCUUUGUUAUUCUAUCUCGAAAUUAAGUAUUUAUUUUCCAAAACUAAAAAGGAAAUAUUUAUUUUCAACAUUCAUAGAGAAAUCCUAGGAUAUAAUCAGGAUUUUAUUUAAAGAAUCCUUAUUUCAUCUGGUUUGGGAAAACAAAAA